CCCGGGACCCCCCCCCCCCCGCCAAAAAAAAAUAUAAAAGAAAAUAAAAAAUGGCUCGGGACAAGGAGAAGCGGAGCUGCGGGCAGGUGCUGGCCGAGUGGCGAGCCUUUGUGUGGGACCCCCGGAGCCGCCAGGUCCUGGGCAGGACCGGCACCAGCUGGGGCCUGAUCCUGCUCUUCUACCUGCUCUUCUACGGGUUCCUGGCCGGGCUCUUCGCCCUCACCAUGUGGGUGCUGCUGCAGAGCGUCGACCCCCACGUGCCCAAGUACCAGGACCGCCUCGCCACCCCCGGGAUGAUGAUCCGCCCGCGCGCCGAGGGGCUCGAUGUCACCUUCAACGUCACCCAGAGCCAGACCUGGCUCCACUAUGUCCGCGCCCUGCACCAGUUCCUCGAGCCGUACAACGACAGCGUGCAGGCCGCCCGCAACGCCGCCUGCACCCCGGGGCGCUACAACGAGCAGCCGGACGACGGCGUCCCCAAUUACCCCAAGCGCGCCUGCCGCUUCAACCGCUCGCUGCUGGGACCCUGCGCCGGGCUGGGAGCCGACGACGACUACGGCUACGGCGCCGGGCGGCCCUGCGUGCUGCUCAAGGUCAACCGGGUCAUCAACUUCUUCCCGGGGAGGAAUAAGAGCAUCAACGUGGUGUGCGCCGCCAAGCAGGAGGAGGACGCCGCCCUCCUGGGGCCCCUCCAGCUCUUCCCCCCGAAUGGCACCAUCGACCUCAUGUACUUCCCCUACUACGGCAAGAGAGUGCACGUGAACUACACGCAGCCGGUGGUGGCGGUGCAGUUCGCCAACGCCACGGCCAACGUGGAGCACCACGUCGAGUGCCGCCUCAACGCCGCCGGCCUCCGCGCCGACGACGAGCGCGACAAAUUCGCCGGCCGCGUCGCCUUCCGCCUGCGCAUCAACCGGGAUUGAGCCCCCACCACCACCACCAACCUCCCUGCGCCGCCCCCCCACCCCUCGAGCCAGGUCUAACCUCCCCCCCCCCCUUCUGCCCCUCCAGAUGCUCCUAAUAUAAGAAUAAUAAAUGUACAUAGAUAUUUUUUAUAUUAUAUAUAAAUUAAACGGUGUGGUAGGGCCCCGGCUUCUCUCCUCACCCCCAAAUGCCCGGGUUUUGCCCCCAGAUUUGCCUGUCUUUUGCUUAGGAGCGCCGAUGCGGGGCUCGCUUUGGUGGCGGCUGGGUGGUUUUUAGUUUUUUUGGGGGGCUUUGUAGGUAGGUUGGGUGAUGUAGGGUGAGGCCAAGAUGGCCGCCAGGCUGCCGGCCAAGAUGGUCGGCGUUGGUCGUGUGGGCGAGGAGCAAGAUGGCACCAGGGUGGCUGCUGUUGAGCUUCGGAUGGGAUCAGGAUAGCGCCAGGCUACCAAGAUGGCCAACGUUUGGUUGUGUGGCCAAGAUGGCUGUUGUUGGGUCAGUUGAGGCCAAGGUGGCCACCAGGCUGCCGAGGUGGCUGCUGUUGGUUGCUUCAAUAAAGGGCAAGAUGGCAAACUGUGCUACGGGGCCAUCGGUUGGGCUGAAGAUGGCUGUUGUGGUACCGAGGUGAUCAGCAGUGGUUGUACGAGUAGAGGGCAAGAUGGCUGCCGUGGUGGACAGGGAUGGAAGAUGGCUGCCGUAGGCUGCGUAGGCUGAGGUGGAAGCGUCCUGGGCUUCGUGGACACUGUGGUUGAGCGUUGGUCGGGAUCAAGGUGGUGGCCAACGUGGCCAGGUGGCUACCGCCAGCGGUGCAGAUAAGCGGCAAGAUGGCUGCCACACUAGCCAACAUGGCCGCCAUGCUAGCCAACAUGGCCACCAUGGUUGAGUGUCCUUUGAUGAAGGGCAUGGAGGAAGGCCACGAUGACUGCCGUGGUAGAACACAGCCGCUGAGAUGGCCGCCGUUGCCCCAUGGACGUCCACCCUAGAUCCCCAUUGCUCAUGGCCACCAGGCCCUGGUGGCCAUCUUGAACCUGUAGAUGUUGGUGGCUAUCUUGGCCACCAUCUUGAGUUGCACCCAGCCCUGUUGGGCACCCUGGGUCAUAUGGUGGCCAUUUUGGCCAGUGACCCAUCUUGGCUACCAUCUUGAGUCCCACCUAGCUCUCUUGGGUGGCCAUUUUGCCUGGUGUCCACCUUGGCCACCAUCUUGUAGCCCCUUCCUCCCCCCACUAACACCCCCUCUGCGCUGAGCCCUCCCCCUCCCACCCCAGCAGGGCGCGUCCCUUCAUUCUGGGGGGAAUCGAACGGAUUUUGGGUCCACGGGAGGUGAAAGUUUGGGGGGCGUGGAUGGGGAGGAACCCCCCCUCCGUAUUAAACCUGUGGUUUUUGGUGGAAA